AAGUAACAAUCUAUAAUGUUGAUCGGCAAUUUUUUUCUUAAACUAAAUUUUAUUGUUUAUUAUUUUUCUUUGAUAAACGAAUAAUAUUCCUAGGGAAACUAUGUACUUUACGUAUUUCCUUAUUUCAUAUGCCAUUAUUUGAUCUUUUAAUUUACCCUUUAUAUAAUUGUUGUCUGUUAACUAAUACUAGUGAUUAUUGGAACUGUUAAACGUACUUUAAUCGUCACUUUUAAAAUUAAUCAAUAUGUACCCAAAUCCUUGGGUUAAUACUGCACCACCUCUGCCGCCCUCUACUACUCAAAAUAUACCCAAUAGCUUUGAAAAUAAUGCUCGUUCAUUUCCAUUCUAUACACCACCCAAUGCAAUGCAAAACUUAGCGUUGAAUCCACAGAGUAGCUUAACUCUUAACCCUACUUCUAUGACCCAACCAUUCCAUUCAAAUACGCUGCCUAACGCCAUUGAUCCAGCUAUGGUUCAAAAAUGGCAAGAAUGGAAACAAUGGGAACUUUGGCAACAGCAAUUUCAGCAGUGGCAACAACAGACUGCACAAAUUGCUGCUACUACAGGGCAACCACCGCCUCCUCCAAUUCCACAAAGUCAACCAUUGCAGCCUCCUCAACUACCUUCAGUUUCAAUUCAUCAACCAUUAUCAUUUUACCAACAAGUACCUACUAUACAAUCAACUAGUGAGCCUUUACAGAUGAAACGUAGUUUAGAACCAGGAUUGCAAACAGUAGAAAAAAAAUUUAAAACAGAUGAUUCCAAAAACAAAAAAGAUCAAGAAUUAAAUAAUGAAACUGAGGCUUUUGAAGAGCAAUUUAAGUCAUGGGAAGAGCAGUUCCUUAAAUGGAAAGAACAGAAUAAAAAUCAUCCUGAUAAAAUACAAUAUCAAGAAUAUGAAAAAAAAUGGUUGAAUUGGCGUGAUCAAUUAAAACAAAAAUGUGAUUUAUUGAAAAAAAAGAAGGAAGCCAAAUUAGCUGAAAAAAAAAAAGAAGAAUUACAAGUUAAGGAAAAUCAAGCACAGUCUCAACAAAGUCCAUUUUACAAUUCAGGCCUAUCGAGUUCUGCUCUUCCAAAUAAUACUACUAACAUAUCACAACCUUUGGCAGCUAGCUUAAUAGUACAAUCAUCGCUAAAUCAAAUUCCUGGUUUAGACUUGGUUAGCAAUAAUGAUAACAGAUCUCAAUCAUUUCCAAAUGUAUCAAAAAUUUUACCUCACCAACAAGGACCAAUUCAAACACCUGAUGAUAAACCAUUCAAUUUCCCUAAACAAAAUGCACCAACAACUAAGUCACAAUCAUUGAAUAUACCUUUUAAUACUAAUGUUCCUCCUGUUAAUUCGUAUUCAAAUAAUCCUCCUAAAUGGCCAAGCUAUAAUAGCUCUCAACCUUUCUAUAGCCAGAAACAACCAAAUAUUGAUAGUAAUCCUUUGUCCAAAUUUAACUCUGAUAUUGAUCCUCGCCCAGCUUAUAGUGGUGGUCCACAUGAUGGGAACUACAAUAUUCAUAAUAAUUCCAUUACAAAUGUCAGAAGAUCAUCAGUUUUACCAUUUACAAAACCUUCAGAAAUUAAUAAUUCAAAUUUAAAUAUUAUCCCAGAUAGUUCAGUAUAUAACAAAAAUAAUGAUGAGUACAACUCAUCUUACAGUAACCGUCCUCCCAAUUUUAGUGGAUUUAAUACAGUCAAUUCCAAUUUUAAUAAACCUGCAGAAAUUUCUAACAUAUCUUAUCCUUACAAUAAAAAAUCUGUAGCACCUUCAUCUCAUUCUAAGCCUCCAUCAUUACUAAGUUUGAAUGUGAGCAAACCAAUUUCAAUGGAUGAAUCUGAUAUUUUUCCUGAAAAUAAAGAUGUUGGGAACAAUAGAAGAUAUGAAAGAAACUGGAAUAUCACUGAAGAAGAAGAAAAUCCUGAAGAUGAAUACAUGGAAGCUCACAAAAAAUUCAGCUCAGAACCAUAUAAUGAUCCAAAUGAAGAAGAUGAAUAUUUCAAUGAUGAAUACAAUAAUAAAUAUAUAAAUGACCAAUACUCAAGAGGUAAUCAUAGUAUAAACAUAAAACAAGGUGAUUAUUUGAGACCUUCUAAUCAAAUGAAUAAACCACAAAUAACGAGAAAUCAAGACUUAGAUUAUUCAAAUAAUCACCCAAUAUGGAAUAGCCAAACUUUACCUAAUGGAAGACAGAUAUCUAGACAUAACGAUGAUUAUUGUACGAGACAAGAAGGAAAUAAUAGAUAUUUAAAUGAAACCUAUCAAAAAGUACCUAAUCAUUUAAAAAAUUCUAAUGAAGAAUUUAUGACAGAACCUGUUUUAGAAAGUAAUAAAUUUUUGCCAAAUAGAGAAAAUUAUGCGCCUCCUCCUAAAGGAAGUUAUGGACCAAAUAGAGGUAGGCGUUUUGAUGAUAAUAGAUCAAAUUCUAAGAUGGAUUGGGGUGGAGAUUUCAAUACCCAUAGUGAUGAACAACAACAAAUUAGUGAUGAUAAUUCUCAUCCAAAAGAAAUUGUAAAACCAUCAUCCAUUGAAGAUAUUCCUCCAAUUGACCCUGUGAAAUUAUUUGAUUAUCGUCAUUUACCAGCUUUGAAAGUGAUACCAGGACUAUCAAAGGAAACCAUAAUACCUGUAAGAAUUUAUGAUUAUAAACAUGGGGGUAAACGCAAGUUGCCUUGGCAAGAUAGAGGUUUUAGCCGAAGAAAUAUUACCAACUCAAGAGAUUUAAAUGAAAAAGAAGAAAUUUCAUCUGAAAACCCCAAUCUUGAUAAAAAUGAUUUAUUUACUAAAUCGUUAUUUGAAUCGGAUAGCUUACAAUCCAAAUCAAAAGAUUACACUUUACUUGAUCAAAAAAUAAAUAAUCUAGUCAGUAAAGUUAUUAAAGACAAAAAAGUUGAUGUGUUUACAGACAAACCUAUAGUUAAAGACGAACAAAAGUUACACUUAUCUGAAAAAUUUACUGACAUCUAUCCACCUUCUCCUCCUAGAAUAUUGAAACCUAAAGAAGAGGUUCUUCAGAAACCAAAAAAGAAUUUAUUAUUAAUUGAAACUCUCCUUUGUCCUCCAGGUCGUUUGAAUCGACCAGAAAAAAUUGUUAUUAUUCUUCGAGGGCUACCUGGAUCUGGAAAAUCUCAUAUUGCUAAAUUAAUCAAAGAAAAAGAAAUAUCAAUGGGUGGUCAAGCUCCUAGAAUAUUAUCUUUAGAUGAUUAUUUUAUGACUGAAGUAACUAAAAUUGAAAUUGACCCAGAAACAAACAAAAAAGUUGAAAAAAAAGUUAUGGAAUAUGAACAUGAUUCAGCAAAUGAAAGUUUAUAUCGUACAUCAUUUAUUAAAGCUUUUAAAAAAAAAGUUUUGGAAAAUUACUUUUCAUUUUAUAUUAUAGAUGCCAUUAACAAUAAAGUUACUUAUUACAAAGAUAUACUCGAUAUUGCCAAAGUGAAUGGUUUUACAGGUUAUGUUAUUGAACUUGAAUCUGAUGUCGAAUUGUGUAUUAAAAAUAAUAUCCACAAAAGAACCACUCAAGAAAUUAAUAAUAUUAUGAGAUCUUGGGUUCCUACUCCCCCAGAUCAAAUGUUACUAGAUGUUAAAUCUUUACUACAAUCAAAUGAUGAGGUUGAAAUGGAAGAUGUAUCAGAUAUUGAAAUAGAUUUAGAGAAAAAUGAAGGUUCAAAUGUAACCAAUACUGAAAAAGAUCAGAUUGAAAAUAAAGACUGUGAUUUUGAAGAAGAGGAUGUAGAUCUGAUGAAGUUAUUAUCUUGCAAAUGGGUUGAUAAUAUACCACAAGAAGAAAAGAUGAACAGACUAGAUGGACUGCGUAAGAAAAAACCAGAGAACUCUAUUAAAGAAUGGUUACAGAUUCCUGAAACUGAGUAUGUUACUACUGAACAUGAUCCUAAAGAUGGAAAAAAAAGGGUCAGAUGGGCUGAUAUUGAAGAACAACGUGAACAAGAAAAAAUUCGUGCCAUAGGUUUUGUUGUUGGUCAAACAGAUUGGAACCGUAUGUUAGGUCAAGAUCAAGGAGAAAGCAAACUAACACAAACUAAAUAUAUUUGACUGUCUUAAAAUUUUUCAGAUUUAUUUUUAUUUAUGAUUAAUAUGUACAUAGAUAAAUAAUAUUUAAUUUGUUCAUACAUAUUAGAAUUUAAUGACACCCUAAUAGGUUUUUAAUUAUUUUUAUCAUACUUAAAUAAUCCGAUAAACAUGUAAAAUCUCACUGUAUGUGUUUCUUAUAACAACAUAGUAAUUUGAAGACUGUGAGAAACAAGCUAAAUUUUAUGUGCUGUUAAUAUUUAUUUGAGAAAGAUUAUUGAACAAUAUUUAGAUCCUAGUGAAUACCUGUCACGACGAUGGGUCCAAAAAAUCUGCUUAACCGACUUCAAGCAUGAAUCUUAUACUUAUCGUCAUUAUCAGUUAACACCACUUACUG